AUGUGGACCUGUGGAUAUAACCCCCGUGGGAGGCUCCUGGUGCUGUGCUGCAUGCAGCUGAUGGUAAGCUCCCUGCUGGACCCCUUUGUUUUUCAGGACGUGGAAUGUCACGCCACAAAUUGCCCUCCAGGUUCAGGCACAAGCUGGGUCAACUUGUGGUAUGUCUGGCUGAUUCUGGUCACCAUAUUUCUUCUCUUGCUGUGUGGGACAACGGCCAGCUGCAUAAAGUUUUGCUGCAAGAAGAAGAAACCGCCUGUGCAGACUUUACCAAAUCAGCCCUAUGAAGUGACUGUGAUCGCCAUAGACAAUGACAGCACCAUUCACAGCACGGUCACCUCUUACAGCUCGGUGCAGUAUCCUCAUAUGUUUGCAUUUAGUGACAUGGACAGAAGUGCAAUGUCUCCCCCAGCUUACAGCCUCUAUGCUCUAGAGCUUCCUCCAGCCUAUGAAGAAGCCAUAAAGAUGGCCAAGCCCAGUGGAGAGGUUAGUACCUCCGUAGCUGGCCCAAAACUAGAGGACAUCAGUGAGCACGAUGGACCUGAAGAGGACCAAGAUCACCAGCAAGCCUCAUCACAUGACGCAGACUCACCACCUCACUAUGAGGAGACCGAAAUUACCCAAAGCCAGGUCCACUGAUGACUAACUAUAGACCAGAAGCAUGAGCUUCCCAGGGCUUGGCAUGGAAUCUUCAAGGAUCAAAUUCUGCUACAGAUGCCAGGGAGCAAGAGCCUACCUAAUCUUGUUUUGUAGUGCUGUGACCUACAUAUAAGGCAGGAACUGUCUGAGCGAUGCAGCCUCCUGCUUGCCAGUGUCAUGUGAACAGAAUAUUAAUACCCUGCUCGUGUUCAGAGCAGACCUGGUGUCUCCAUCUCUGCAAGCUGAUAGUGGACGGUCUACCCCCUGUGCUGCAAACACUUCUGGUAUCUCCUUCUGCCAUGGAUUUGGACUAGAAUGGAUGUUUGGAUGUAAUCAUACAGUGGGAUUAAUAUCAU